AUGUAUGGCGCCUGUUCAGCGCUCGCAGAGAAUUGGGAAGAUUUGUUAGACGAACUCGAGGAACCAGCUGCUCCUCCCCCGAAGGCUGCUACGAGCGCUGCCACUAAGAAGGGCAUGGUCUCAACACACGGAUUUGCCGCAGAAGAUGAAAUACUGAACGACCCUAUGGCAGAAAGGCUCAGACGCCAGAAGCUUGUGGAAAAGGACGAAAAACGCCUUAUGGAUGAUCUUUUUGCCGGAUGCGAGCGGCCAGAUGUGCCUCCGACUGCGCAGGCUGAUUUAGAGCAGCGGGCGGCUUUAGCAGCAAAGGCAGCAAAGGCACUCUCCGUGACCUCGAGCGAUCCGCUGGACUCUAUACAGCUGAAGACGUUUCGCGAUUGCGAGCGACUCGUCGAGUCACUAUCCAAGAAGAUCCUGGAUAGUCCUGCCAAAAGCCCCGCGUGGCUGCGCCUUUUGGAUCUGCUUCUGAAGGAAUGCAGUCCGAAGAUGGAUCUUAAGGAUUUGCGGACGCUGCAAGCAAAGUUGAAUGCCACCGUCACGGAAAAGGCGAAAGCCGAGAGGCAGUUGGCAGAGAAGAAGAAGAAGCCGAACGACAUUGGCUCGCAGUGCAGGAACUACAAGGAUGAGCUCGAAGUCGUGUAUGGCGGAGAAUCAGAGGAAGAGGAGGAGGACGAUGACGAGGCUGACUUCAUCUGA